AUGUAAAAUAAGUUUUUAAAUCACAUAACACACUUAUAGACUGAAAAUUCUUAACCAUCAGAAUCUCAUUGGUUAUUGAUAACAGGAAUUAUAGUUGGUAGUUUGGUAGGGAUAAUUGGCUUAGUUUAUGGUUAUUUAAAAUAUAGAUAAUACAGAGUGUAUUAGGAAUAUUCACAAAGGCCUGAAAUUGGAAUUCCAAAAGAGGAAAUUGGAUUUGUUUAGAGAAAUAAAUUCAGAUUUUGGAAAUUAUAUGAGAAUAAGGAUGAACCCAAUACUCUAGUGAAGUAACAGCAAAAAGAAAGUAUUUAAGAAGCUGCGAACUUCAGAUUAUUACGGGUAGUACAUCGAGUUGAAGUUCUUGUGUAAGCCUGGUGAC